AAUCAUUGGUUGCUGCUCGUCAAGAUGCUAAUGCCUGCUUGGCUCGAGUGAUUGGAACAUGUUGUAGUUUCUGAGAUAUCAAAUUGAGCGAUGGGGACCCACAUGGAGCCUGACACCAAUGAUGUUGUCAUGGACGUUCGUGUGGCAUUUGAUUCGAUUAUGUCCCUUGACCUAGCAAAUCAACAGUUUGGAGCAGACCUUUGGAUUUCACUCACGACACCAAAGUGCCCAACGAAGUGCCAGAGUUUCAAAUGUGGAAGGUGCAAGCAGAUCAAAGAGCUCUUGGAACCUUUCCAAAAAAAAGCAGACGGUGGUCGUGGUGACCGCUGGAUCGCCAGCCAAAACAUGGUGGACAUCGAAGAUGCAUCACUUACACACCCAGCCGUGUCCUACAAGGAGAGCGACGAUUCCUUUCGUUUGUCAUGGAGAUUUUUAGGCAAAUUCGGAGAGGCGUGGGAACUCAAGAACUUCCCCUUCGAUAGCCAAGACUUUACCGUGUCAAUGAUGAUCCGGUAUCCCUACAAGGAUGGCAGCAUGAAGAUGCGUUUUGCCUGUGGCAAAAAUGGAAAGGUCAUCCGGCCCAAAGCCUUCACCAUCCUUCAAAACUCGUGGAAAAGUCCAAAAGAUGAAGAUGAUCGGCUGCAUGUGUGGGAAGAAGACACAGAGCAGUCCUAUGUGCAGGAUGGAGUUCUGCGUCACACAUUGAACGUCACUGUGCAAAUGGGGCGGACACCAUGGCAUUAUGUGUCCAACAUUGUGUUUCCACUCUUUUUGAUUGUUUGUAUGAGCGCCUCUUCAAUCGUCAUCCCCCCUGAGAAACUCUCGGAUCGUUUGUCAGCUUCCCUGACGCUGGUGCUCGCAGCAGUUGCUUAUAAAUAUGUAGUGGCACAGAUGGUACCUCCGAUCGGCUACAGCACUUGGCUAGAUCACUACGUCACGAUGUGCUUCAUUUUCCUUUUCCUGGUGGUUCUGGAGAACUGUGUGGCAGCUUUAUGCCAUUCCCAGCAUGAUCAAGAGAUGCUGCUGGCCGGAUCGAUCUUGUUCGGCUGCUUUGGGCUGUGCAAUAUCGUCUUUGCUAUCAGGGCCUGUUGGGCAAUGAACCAUCCCAGCAGAAUUUCCCGGAAGAUUAAGAAGACACAACCUGUCGGUAGGUUCCUUCCCUGCUUCAAUGAUGUUCAGUCUGAAGCUGAAAGAGAGUUUUGUGGAGAGUGCCUGGACACCUGUGGCCGCUCCUACGAUCUUGUUCCCGCUGAAGAUUCUGAGUCUGCAAGUUCUUCAUGAUGAGCUGACUGAGCAUGCUCACCGUUUCUAGAACAGAAUUCGCUGCAGGACCCGAGACUUUCAAGAUAGACUCUCUUGAUUUGUGAGGAUCGGGCACUUUGCACUGAGUGCAUUCCUUAACAACAAUUCAAAAUGAAGGCAACCAGAGACUGGAGAAAUGCUGGGCUUUCUCGCUUCCUUUGUGACUUCACUCUGUUGACAUUCAAUUGGAGCACAACACUUGUUCUGUUGUUUGAAUUGGCAAAGUGUGUUUGAAUGAACCAAUUUAUCACUGAGGUCUGCCGUGUACUACACACUGACUGGUGUCAAGCCACUGGUGUCAUGCCCAGCUGAAAGGCAAAGCUGUCCGACCCAAGCGUCGAAAAAAUAUGGGCCGCUGGUAGUAUCUACAGUACUAACAAAGAAAUUUACUUUCAUUCUUA